CUUAGCUACAAAGCUGUUUACAGUUGUCACAGCGCAAGUGUAGCAGUUACCCAUGUCUAUUACACAUUAGUUCAAAACUAUUUUUUAUACAUUUUAUCAGAAUGCAUAAAGUUGAUCUUCCGGCUGACGUAAGAGAAGAUGCGGUUCUAGAGAGAAGACGAAACAAAGAGCUCCAAAGACGAAGCAGAAUUUUUAACACCCAUGUCAGAACUAUAGGGAUUGACAAGAAAGCUUUAGAUGCCCAAAUAAGAGAGAAAAAGAUCAAAGAUGAGAUUGACAAAAAAAUACACGCGGCAUAUGCUACUGACAUGACUCAGAAUGAAAAAAUUUCCACUUUACUGGAGGAAAGGCAGGAACAAGAUACAAGAAACUUAAAGAAGGCUAUUGAAGAAUUCCGACAAAGUUUCCAGAAACCUGGGACUUGUCCUGAAUUUGAUUUAAAUGACCCUCAAGCUCAGAAGAAAGAUAUACCAGCUCGGAUUUCAGAUAAUGAUCCACGAUGUACUAUAGCAGGUCUGCAGAAAUUUCUCGGAGAAGAUUUAAAUAGUAAGCACCGAUUGAAGUUUCAGCAGGAACAGUUAAGAGAGUGGUCAAUGCAGCAGCAGCAAGAGCUGGAAAAGGCACGGGCAGACAAGAUAAUUAAAGAGAUCCUCUAUGACCAGAAGAGGAAAGCACUUGACCAAAUAACAGCAGAAUUACAGCAAUCUGAGGAACAUAGUAGGCAAGCAGUGUGCACAGCUACACAGAAUUUUAACAUGGCUCUGAUUAUCUCCUUUUAUAAAGAAGCAUCCAAGAUUCUUGAUGAACAUUGUAAUUAA